AGUUUUUCCCCAAUGCCGUGCUCAGCCCAAACGCAGUUCCAUGCGAUCUGUGAUGCUGCAGCGGCUCACAGACCGUCAGGUACAGUUAGCCAGUAGCCUACAGACUGGGACUUGACAAACAAACAGUGGAGCUCCUAUGUCUCCAGUCGAGAUUUCAUUAGGAGAAGAUAAAGCUAAUAUUCAAAGGUGGCGAAUUGUUUAGGAUUAUAACCAGGAAGUGCUUGCUGUUUUCUAUCAACGCACUUUAAGACCUGCCCGCUUGCAUGGAGGACAACAGGCUUGGAUUUAAGGACUGGCGAGACAUUGUGUGGAAGAGGAGACAAUAAAGUGGAGCUUAUUUUAGCGCCCCUCCGGGUUCCGGACGCCCUCCGCAGCAGUUGGAUGCGUCUGUACCCUGAUCUGUGACAAUGACAAUGAAAGGCUUGUCGAGUAGCCGGAGACACCAUCACACAGUGACCUGUGACCCCUCCUACGACUCCAUGACCCUGGGGCGCCAAGCCCGGCCCUACCUGCUGAACCCAGGCGAUGCCCACCCGGCGGACCACCCGUACUAUGCCCAGCGAAGCUCCUUCCAGUCUGAGUGCGGGCCAUACCCUGACCUGGCUAGCAGCACCUUCCCCCGAAGACAAUACAGCUCCCACCACGAACUGAAGGAUGAGUGUGCUGUGGUGCCUUACACCGGAGGCCAAGGGGGAAGCAUUAAGGGGGGCGGUGGUGGAGGAGGAGGAAGCAACAACCGAAUUCCACCGAAUCUUCUGGAGCAGUUUGAGCGGCAGGCGCCGGUGCGGCACGACGGCUACCACACGCUGCAGUACAAGCGCACAGCGGUGGAGCACCAGCGCAGCGACAGCCCCGGAAGGAUCCGCCAUCUUGUCCACUCGGUCCAGAAACUCUUCACCAAGUCCCACUCCCUGGAGGGCCCAUCGGGGGGCAGGGUGAACGGGGGCAAGGCCAGCCCCGACGACCCGCCCUCCAAUUCAGGCACCCUGAAGCACAGCAGCAAGCGCAGCAAGAGCAAAGACCGCAGUAGGUCGGAGCCCAAGAUGCGCUCGGCCAUCUCAGGCUACUGGAGCUCGGACGACACCCUGGACCGUGAGAUGUGCCUGUACCAUCACCACAGCCCCAGCCCGGGAGGCAUGCCCUCAGGGGUGAUGACCAUGGGCCGCCACCCAGAGAAGUCCCAGUCACAGUACUUCAUGGAGCAGUACAACACCAUCAGCGCCCACUCGCUGAAGACGUCGCGGAGCAACAAUGACGUCAAGUGUUCUACGUGCGCCGGGUUGCCAGGACUGGGCACUGGCAUGGACGGAACGGGCCAGUUGCUGAAGAAGAGCUCUUGGUCAUCCACACUGACGGUCAGCAGGGCAAGGGAGGUCUACCAGAAGGCAUCGGUCAACCUGGACAAAGCCCUUGUCAAGGCUGAGACCUGCCAGCAGGGAGGCCGCCCAACCUUUCAAUUCCUCCAGGUGCCCCAGGACGAGUGGAGUGGGGGAUUCUCGCCCCUGGGGAAGGAUGAGGAGAUCCCAUGUCGGCGGAUGCGCAGCGGCAGCUACAUCAAGGCCAUGGCAGAAGAAGACAGCGGGGACUCAGACUGCAGCCCCAAGCCCUCGCCAAAGGUGCAGGCACGCCGGGCCAGCUACCUGAAGGCUACACAGCCAUCGCUCACCGAGAUGACCACCCUCAAGAUCUCCACUGACUCGCAUUCUCCCAAGUUGCAGAUCCGGAGCCACAGCUACCUGCGGGCGGUGAGUGAGGUUUCCAUCAAUAGAAGCCUGGACAGCUUGGACCCGGCAGGGCUCUUGGCCUCGCCCAAAUUCCGCUCGCGAAAUGAGAGCUACAUGAGAGCCAUGAGCACCAUCAGCCAGGUGAGCGAGUUGGAGGUAAACGGGCAGAUCGAAGCAGUGUGCGAGUCCGUCUUCAGUGAGAUGGAAUCCCAGGCGGUGGAUGCCCUGGACCUCCCCAUGUCGGGCUGCUUCCGUAUGCGAAGCCACAGCUACGUCCGUGCAAUCGAGAAGGGUUCUUGCUCCCAAGAUGAGGAGAGCAUGGUGGGGGGCAACAUGAGGGCUAUCCCACCCUCCCGGACGACCACCACCGUUAGGACCAUCCAGAGCAGCACAGUGUCAUCAUGUAUCACCACGUACAAGAAGAUGCCUCCGCCGGUACCGCCGCGCACAACCCCGCCCAAGCCCUUUAUCUCCAUCACGGCCCAGAGCAGCACCGAGUCGGCCCAGGACGCCUACAUGGACGGGGGGUCAGGCCCCCGGACCCACAUCAGCACCUCCCAGCCCGGCCUGUCCAACUCCAGAGAGAGCAUCGACAGUAUGAAGGCCCUGACGGCAGCCAUCGAGGCAGCUAAUGCCCAGGUCCACGGCCCAGCCAGCCAGCAUGUCACCAACAGCACCAUCACCGCCACCAACAUUGCCUCCACCAACAGCAAGAGAGACACCCUCCGGAAGUGCCUCUCCAUAGGGAUACAGGUGGAUGGACCAGAGGAGGUUGGGGGGACAGAGGAGCACUCCAAAUUCCAGUCAGUAGGCAUCCAGGUGGAAGAGGAGAGAUGUUACCGCAGGAUGACCAGGUCCAACAGUGUGACCACGGCGGUCCAAGCCGACCUAGAUGACCCUGACUACUGUCCCGUCGACGCCCCAGAGAUGGUGAUACGCCACUCGGCCACCAUGCCCCGCCAGUACUCCCGGGACGCCGCCACCUCUACCGUCUCCAUCCAAGGGUCGGGCAACCACUACCACGCCCUGACCGUGGAGGAGUACGGCGAGGUGGGUUUGGACCCAUCCAUCCUCCCCCCGCCAGACCCCUGGAUGGACCAGGUGGAAGACCCCAUGGAGGUGGUGGUGGGGGGACGGGGGUUGAUGUGUUCCAGGGACGGGAGGUGGUUCCUGAAGCUUCUUCAAGCCGAGAUGGAGCGCAUGGAGGGCUGGUGCCGGCAGAUGGAGCAGGACGAGAUGGAGAACGAGCUGCCGGAGGAGAUACUGGGGAAGAUCCGCAGUGCAAUAGGGAGUGCCCAGCUGCUUAUGUCUCAGAAGUUCCAGCAGUUUCGGGAGCUGUGUAAGGAUAAUCAGAACCCCAAUUCCCACCCGAGGCCCAGUUCCCAGGACCUAGCAGGCUUCUGGGACAUGCUGCAGCUGUCCAUCGAGAACAUCAGCCUGAAAUUUGAUGAGCUCCACCAAAUCAAAGCCAACAACUGGAAACCCCUGGACCCCCCAGAGAUAAAGGAGAGAAGGUUUGCCCCUCCAGUGCCAAAGAAGCCCCACAAGGGCCACCCUCCCCUGGCCAGGGACCGUUCUCUGGAGAGCGCCGAGAGACAGCGGCUGGAGGCUCGCAAACGCCUGCUGGCCGCCAAGCGGGCGCUCUCGGUCCGACAGAGCUCGGUCACCGAGAGAGCAGCAGACAGUAUCGAGAUCUACAUCCCAGAGGCCCAGACCAGAUUAUGAGACACACACAGACAAAGACACACACACACACAGACAGAGACACACACACACACACACACACACAAACCGACACACCUUCAAAGGUACACUCACACCGAGUGACACUGUCAAGACACUCAUCUGCACUGAAUGGCGAGGGUAGGGUGCUUGUAAUAUAAUCACAUUUAUCGACUUCCCACAAAAACGGUCACAGCAGCCGGUGGAGUGAGAAUAUUGUAUAUGUAUUAACUUUUCCUCUUCUCUCCAUUUGAACCUCUCCUUGAACUUUCAGCUUUUCAUGUAGCUCCCCCCACUCCUUACUCCCAAAGAUGUUUCUUCUUGUGAUGGCAACUCUUCUUACCGAUGUUCCACCAACCAAAAGGCCUGUUGUCACCCAAACAGGUAUACCAGUACCACGGUAUUGAUGCAUAAUGUAUAAUUGUUCUGAUUCAUUGGAACAGAAGGGCGGUUAGGGAGGGAGGGGAAGUGUACUAGUGGGUAUAGACCGAGCGCUGUCAAGGCAUACUAGCUAAUCCUGUUGGGUGUCAGACAGCCUGAGACAGUGGCUUGUGUCCCACAUGACACCCUAUUCCUUAAAUAGUCCACUACUUUUGUGAAUUACCUGGUCAAAAGUAGUGCACCACAUAGAAAACAGGGUGCCAUUUGGAAUUCAGGCCAGCCUCUCUCCUCUGGUGACCCUGGGGGAGGCUGUUAUUGUGACUCACAACACAAUGACAGCAGACAAUAGAGAAACCCAGUCUCUACUCCCCUGUUGGAUGCUACUGUCACAGGAUUUAUAA